UUUUGUUUUGAUAGCUUGACACUGACCAACCCAGCUGGUUUGUUUUCUUUUCUUGAAAAUUUUUCAUCCUUGAGCGUCGAUUUUUAUACAAUUCGAAAAAUAAUCCAUGCAAAAUGCAAUUUCACAUAAAAGAAGUGUAAAAUAUAUCAAGCAGAGUAAUAUAAUGUGUUUUCCAAGUGUAGUUUUUGUGUUUUUACUGUGAAUAAGUGAAGCUGGAAACGGGUGGCACGUUGCCCAUUGCAGACAGCCUAAAAUAACAAUUGAACGGCAUUUUAUGAAUUUGUACUUCGAACGCAGACAAUAAAAAUUUAAACUAUCGAUUUUCUACGAUACCUCAUGAAAGAUGCACCUCAACCACGCCACUGCAAUGGCUAACUACCAACAUUACCCGCCACCGCAAAUAUCAACGCAUGGUGGCACGCCCACCACAGUACAGCAGCAGACUACCAUAGCGACGGGCAGUACACCAUUUACAUUGCAUCAAUUGACUGCUGUACAAGCUAUACAACAUCCAACGCAUCAGGCUAUGCUACACCCGCAACAUCCGCUGGUACAUCUACUUGAUAUUUCUACAACAAAUACACCGAAUCCAACACCAGUGCCGCCCACGAAAGUGGAGGUUCCGGAACCCGAACCGAUUGAGGUGAAAGUCGACGAUCCGCGGAAGAAGAAGGAAUGCCACGUCUGCAAGAAUAAAUUUCGACAGUUAACUACUUUGCGCAAUCAUAUGAAAAUCCAUACCGAUGAGCGGCCGUACAAGUGUAAGCAUUGCGAUCGAGCCUUCCGCCAAAUUUCAACGCUCACCAAUCAUGUGAAAAUUCAUACUGGCGAAAAACCGUUCACAUGUUCUAUAUGCGCAAAAGAUUUUCGCCAACAAAGUACACUAAUCAACCACAUCAAGACACAUAAAGAAUCGAGUACCCCAACCUCAUUGUUGAAUUAUCAGCCGGGUAAUAAACUAAAUCAUCGCAAUUCGAAAUUGGCUCAAAAUCAAAUGGUAGACUAUCAAAAUCGAUCCAUAACAAAAACCCUUUAUACUGGUAGCUACAGCUCACCGCAGGCCGAGGAGCUGGUCAAACCGUAUCAGUGCAAUGUAUGCAAAAGACGUUUCCCACAACUAAGUACACUACAUAACCAUGAGCGGACACACAUCGAUCCCAAGCCGUAUAAAUGUGACACAUGUGACAAGUCCUUCAGUCAACUGGCCACUUUAACCAAUCACAAAAAGAUCCAUACCGGUGAUAAGCCAUAUGCCUGUUCCUUUUGUUCCAUGCAAUUUCGACAGCAGAGUACUCUAACCAACCACAUGAAGACACACACCACAGCCGCCAGCAAUACAAAUGCAGUGCCAACCACAACAACAACAAUGGCAGCACCACACGGACUCAACCAUAUGACCACAUCAAGUCUUGUAGCACACGGAGAACAUCCACCACUCAAUAACAUGGUACAUCAACAAUUGCAAGCCGAACAUCCACUUUUGCAUUUUCUCGAUAGCAACACCACAGUUAGCACCAUUGCGAAGGAGCCAUUCAAUCCCAACACCAGUCGUCGUUUCAAAAACGAAGCCGAUAGCUUAAUGCUGGAGAGUCCGGACCGCCCAUUUCCAUGCGCCAUUUGCCGAAAGGCCUUUUCACAACAAAGCACUUUGGCUAACCACAUUAAGACGCACACCGGCGAAAAGCCAUAUAAAUGCAAAGUAUGCGAGUCGAACUUUCGACAACUGUCCACCUUGAAUAACCAUUUAAAGAUACAUACUGGCGAAAAGCCCUACAGCUGUUCCUAUUGCCCUAAGCAAUUCCGGCAGAAAAGCACUCUCAUUAAUCAUGUCAGAAUUCACAAUUGUUAAAAUGGCCAUGCAAAUAAUUAUCCAAUAAUAAGCAUAACGACGUUGGUGGAUCAAAAGCUAUAUGAAGUAAUAAUAAUAAUAAUAAUAGAUGUAUUGGCUAACUAGCCCAAUUGGAAAGUUGGAAAUAGCAGAUAACAAUAACAAUAACCCACACAACCAAUAAACAUAGAUAUAAAUGGCAUUAUCAGCAUACCCACCACACUUGGUACCAUAGGUGGUAGAAACAAUGGAAGUAAACAAACACCAUUGUUAUUUCGGUGUUCAAUAACUAUAACCAGCUGCUAAACGUAAUGAGUUACCUACCUGCUGUGCAAUAUGUAUUGUCCAUGUAAAUUUAUUAUAUACUAAAGAGCUGCUUGAGUAAGUGCGAAUGCGUAUGACAACAACAGCAACGCAGAUUUUAGAAAAGUUGCUUCAUGGCAUAAAAUCAUUCUGUAUGCCAUAAAAUAUAGGGAUGUGGCAAUAGUAAAUGUUAGUAUUUCGUGGUAAAUAUUUCACUAUGAUUUGUCCUUUGAGGUUAAGUAAUUGAUUUUGAUUUGCUGUCCUUUCCACCGUAAAAGUAUUUUUAGUCUACCGUUAUUUACGUUAAUGUUUGACAGUUCAUUUUGGUAUUAACUGUACUGCUUCCAUGUUUUUAAAAUUCCAGUGAAAACAUUUGUGACAAUUGCUCAAAGGCUGAAUCUUGUUUAAAUUAUUCUUUAGCAAAAUGUUAAAUUGUUUCAAAACUUUACGUAACAAUAUUUUAAAUUGCUGAUUUCUCUAUUCUAGUUAAUCCACAAUAGUUUGUGAAUAAUCAAAUUAUAAUCAUAAUUUUUAUGUGUAAAAAAUUAGCGAAAAAUCAUAGAAGUCGUGAGUAACUCCACAUCACAGUCAAAAUGUCAUGUAGCAUUGUAAACCAAUAUUUGAAAUAGUCGAGAGCUUUGAGCAUCACAAAUCUUUUGUGAGAAUUUUUUAUGCAAUAUUUACAAUGCAUUGGCAUCAUAUUUUACGAUUUGAUUGUCCGCAGUACUAAAAGUGUAGUUAAUUCAUUACCAAAACGCGGAAAUGAUAUAUGUAUGUAUGUACCCAGUAAGCCUACUCGAAACUCCAAUACAUUGAAAAUAUUUCAUGGAACCAAGAAGCUGACUUGCAGGGUACAAAUGCAGUUUUAAACUAUUCUAAACUAUGGAAGAAGAUUUUGCAAUUCCGCUAAACUAGCUAUAUAUUUCAGUAAGAAUAUAGAUUAUAUGUUAGAAACUCAGAAAUAUAUAACGGAGAAAAAUUCUUUUAACCAAAAUAGACGCCGACGAAACUACGAAGCCUGUAAUUUGUAGAAAAUGAGGAAAGGACAGUGAUUAGUGGUUAAAUACAUUUUAAAUGGUUUAUUUUUAAAUAUUUCAAAUUUGAUUUUAAAUAUUUCAAGUUUGAUUUUAAAUAUUUUAAAAUUUAUUUUUAAUAUCUCAAGGUUUAUUUUAAUGUUUCAUAGUUAUUUUAAGUAAAUCUUAAGCUAAAAUGGCUUAAUUUUUCCCUAAAAAAAAUGUUUUUGAUUUCAAAUCAAGUAGAGAGCUUGGAAAAAUUUGCUCAAUUAACAGCAGCAUUUGGCAGCAUAUUUACAACAAACAAUUCUCCACUGUUACAACAACUAUUUUUUGUGCGUUGCUAUGAAAAUAACUUGGUUUUCGUGGUCAACUUCUGCGAAUUGCCGAAAAUGUUACAAUUUCCCUUACUCUCGCAAGUCUCUGCUAUAUACAUACACAUACAGGGUGUUCUCUUUUGUUUCAAAAAACGUUCGCUUCUUGUUUGUGCGGAUGUUUUUGAGCCCAAAAAAAAAGGUAAAAAUAAAAUAAACUUAAAUUAAAAAAAAAGAAGAACAAGCAAAUUAUAUUUAACAUGCAUAAUUGUACUAUUACGUAUAAAACCAAUUAUAAUGUGCGUAGAACAAAAACGUUUAAUAAAAUCCAUGUAGAAUAAAGCGAUAUUUGUAAGCAGAAAAUA